CACCUUUUGGCCUGGUGAAUCUUGACCGGCUCCGCUCGCUCAUGUCAUGCUGCUGCGGCUGGAGCGAGCGAUGGUUCGCGGCUUCCGCCCGCGUGCCCCCUGCCUGGGAGGUGGUGAUACGGCGUCGGGACUGCCGGGGUGCGGACGUUUGGGCGCAUAGUGUGCACGCGCCCCCGGCCCUGCACAAAGCGCUCCGUGAGGCGGCCCAGCAAGGGGACCCCAACGUGACCAGCGCGGAGGGGUGCCUGGCGCUGAACGAAGCGGUGAAGGCCAACUGCGAGCACUUGGUGCGGAGCCUCAUCGAGGCGGACGCCGACGCAGAGAAGCAGGAUGCCACUGGGGAGAGCGCCCUGGAGAACGCGAGGAGGCUGAAGAAUGGCCAGCUGCUGAAAUUGCUCCAGAGCGUGAGCUGCAAAAAACGGACCCUCGAGUUUCAGGAGGGCUUGAAGCUCGUCCAAGACGUGCCCGUCUUUGCCACCAUCCACCCCUCGGAGUACCCGCGGCUGGCUGCGGCCUUUGAAACUCGACAGGUGGCUUCUGGGGAGGUGAUCCUGCACCAGGGGGACGCCAGCGGGGAGAUGUUUUUGGUCGCCAAGGGGGUGGCUGACGUGCUGGUGGAGGAGAAUGGAUCACCUCCGGUGAAGGUCUCCGAGCUGUGCGAGGGCUCCCACUUCGGGGAGGGCGCGUUGCUGGAGCAGCCCUGCGAGAGCUCCGUGGUCGCGGCCUCGGAGAUGCUGCUGAAGGUCCUGAGCCUCGAAGCCUUCGAGGCCUUGGGCCUGAAGAGCUCCAUCCGGAAGCGAGAGGCGGUGCGGACAGCGGACGACUACGACGCCAUGGUGAACGAGAGCCUGAAACGAAAGACCGGCCAGGAGGCGGAGUUGAUCAGGACGGCGCUGAGCGCCAACAACAAGUUAGGGCCAUUGGUCCAGUGCCUCUCCACGGAAGACCUGGACAACAUUGCGGCAAACGCGUGGCGGCUCACAGUGGAGCCUGGUCAGGAGGUGAUCCAGCAGGGAUCCAUCAAGGCAGACAACUUCUACAUCGUUUUUGACGGCCACCUGGAAGUCAUCAAGGAUGGUGAGAAGGUGCUGGACGUGUAUCCCGGCAACUCCUUCGGGGAGCUGGCGUUGCUCUACCGGGCCCCGCGAGCGGCGACGGUGAGGUCCCUGACGCAGGCGACCCUCUUCGCUGUGCCGCGGCAGGAUUUGCGGAUGGCCAUGCAGGCGCCACUGAAGAAGAAGCUGGAAGGUUUUGCCGCGCUGCUCAGCCAGGUGGAAAUUCUGCAGCACCUGGGGGCAUCUGACAAGGAAUUGUUGGCCAACCAUCUGGUUGAGAUGACAUUCUACGAGGGUGAGACCAUCAUCCAGCAGGGAGAGGAAGGAUAUACCUUCUACAUCCUCUACGAUGGCGAGGUCUCUGUUCUCGUGGAUGGAGAGGAGGUCACUCAGCUUUUGCCAGGCAACUUCUUCGGCGAGCGUGCGCUGUUGAACGACGAGCCACGGGCCGCGACCAUCAUGGCGACCAGUCCCAAGGUCCGAGUGCUGGCAUUGGAUCGCGAGCAUUUCCUCAGCGUUGUGGAGAAGGACGAGAUGUGGCAUGGCCUCAGUCCCAAAGCCCUGGUCAAGUACGAGCUCAGAGCGCUGAAGCAGAUCGGCCUCAUUGGCUGCGGCGGCUUUGGCACGGUGACUCUUCGCAGGUGCACGUUGACCAACAACAUUUUUGCACUGAAGACGUUGUCCAAAGGAUACAUCGUGCAGAGACAGCAAGAGCAAAGCGUGAUCAACGAGAAGAACGUGCUGCGGAUGACCCAAAGUCCCUUCAUAAUCCGGCUGGCAGCGACUUUUAACGAACCGCAGCGGCUCCACUUCCUUCUGGAGCCGGCUCUGGGAGGUGACUUGUUCACGGUUUACCAGAGGAAUAACUUGCACGGCUCAAAUGUGCAUUCUCGAUUCUACGUUGCCGCUGUAAUUCGCGCAUUCCAGCAUCUGCACCAGCGCCACAUCAUUUACCGAGACAUGAAGCCAGAAAACCUGUUGCUUGAUUCAAAGGGCUACUGCAAGGUGACGGACUUUGGCCUAGCCAAGUUCGUCAUCGGCCAUGCCUACACGACCUGUGGCACGCCAGAGUACUUUGCUCCGGAGAUGGUGCUUCACAUGGGGCACACCAUCGCGGUUGAUUGGUGGUCCCUUGGAGUGCUAACUUUUGAGCUCAUGGCGGGCGAUUCGCCCUUUACGGCGACCGAGCCCAUGCAGGUCUUCAACCGCAUCAAGGCUGGCAUUCAGGCCGUGGCCUUUCCAAAGAGUCCGACCGGGCCAUGGGUGGACGUGGUUCACGCUCUUUGCCAGGAGGAACCAUCUGAGCGCCUGCCCAUGCGGAAGAACGGGAUCGCGAGCUUGGAGGCGCACGACUGGUACGCUGACUUUGACUGGCCGGACUUCGAUGCGAGGACAAUGCAAGCCCCGUACUGCCCAAAUAUCAAGCGGCCAGACAGCCUGGCCAACUUUGAUGUCGGUGACGUGCGACGGCCACCCAUGAUCCCUUACAUGGAUACAGGUACCGGCUGGGAUGCAGACUUUGAAGACUGCAGAGGGCCACGAACCUUCAACUGAGUUUUCAGAUCGGCUCGGCUAGGAGCUAGGAGGCGUGCAUGAAUUGGACA